UUUUUAAAAAAAAUUACCUAAGGAGUUUGGUUUUAUGGAAUUUAGGAAGCAGGAGUUGUUGGAGGAGGUCUACAACCCUGCUCCUCUGCAGCAGUCUGCCUUCGCCAGGCCUCUGGCGUCGCCUUCUUCUUCCUCUUCUUCGUUCCUCUUUGCCAGAGCAGGCGAGGCCAUGGGAUCUUCCCUGGUUCAGAAGCCCACCCCCAUCUCCGCCGCGCCGGCCGCCGAGGCAAUGAGGCCGGAAACGGAGCCCCGAUACCGGGAGUGCCUGCGGAACCACGCGGCCAGCGUCGGCGGCCAUGUGCUCGACGGGUGCUGCGAGUUCAUGCCGAGCGCCGGCGAGGCGCUCAAGUGCGCCGCCUGCGGCUGCCACCGGAGCUUCCACCGGAAGGAUCACGGCGAGAUGUGCGAGCUCCGGAACGGCGUCGCGCCGCCGCUCUUGCUUCCGCCGCCGCCGCUGCCUCCGGCGGCGACGCCCUACGGGCACCUGAGGCCGUUCGGAGCCUCCGGCGUGAUGGUGCGGGUCGGCAACAGCGGGAGCGCGGCCGCGGGGACGGAGUCGUCGAGCGAGGAGCUGGCGGCGCAGCGACCGUUCGUGGUUUCCAGGAAGAGGUUCCGGACUAAGUUUACCGCAGAGCAGAAGGAGAAGAUGCUGGCUUUCGCGGAGAAGGUAGGGUGGCGGAUGCAGCGGCAAGACGAGGGGACACUGGAGCACUUCUGCGGCGAGGUCGGGGUGAGCCGGCACGUGUUCAAGGUGUGGAUGCACAAUAACAAGAGCUCGUUGAAGAAGCCAAACCACGAGCAGCAGCAGCAGCAGCAGGAGCAGCAACAGCUGCUGGAAGACGACGAAGAGGAAGACGAACAGCAGCACCACCAGGUCCACCACCACCGCCACGAAAUGCCAGCCAAUUGAGGAUUCUACUUUUGUUUUUUUUUUCAAUUACUUUUAAUUUACUCGUGUUGUAGCGGUAAUUUCUUAGCUCUGGUACUACGCGUAGCUUGAUGACACAAUGCUGAGGCUUAACGUUCUUUAUUCACA